UAACUCCUAACAUAUUAUAUUAUGAAAUUCAAGACCAGAGCACUUCGUUAACUCCGCCAUUGCAGCACGAUAUAUAAGUUUCUCAUAGUAUAAAUCGUCUCCCUUGUCCCAAAUGCAUGCAUUCCUCCGCCAAUAUCAACACCAUCCACUGAGUCGACUCGCUCUUCCAUCAACUCGGUCACUCACUCACUCCAUCUCCACAAUGAGCUCAUCCUCCUCCUUGCUUCUUCCUUCCAUUUCUCUCCAUAACCGCGACCCGCUCUCCCUCUCCACCUUGAAUUGCUUCGUUUCAAGCAAUGGCACCCGAAGAUUUAGCCCUAUACAUUUGGAUAAGUCUAGGGUUUUCAUGAGCGUUUCCGUUGGAUCUCGAACUGCCGUCGAUGAUGCCUUGUUCGCUGACUUUAAGCCCACCAAUGCUUUUCUCUUCCCUGGACAGGGGGCACAAUCUGUUGGAAUGGGUGCAGAGGCUCAGAAGGUGCCUGCUGCAGCUGAAUUAUACAAGAGAGCAAAUGAAAUUAUGGGGUUUGACCUUUUGGAUAUAUGUAUUAAUGGUCCAAAAGAGAAGUUAGACUCCACUGUUUUAAGUCAGCCAGCGAUCUAUGUCACUAGCUUAGCUGCAGUAGAGAUACUCCGUGCUCGUGAGGGCGGUCAGCAAAUAAUUGAUUCUGUUGAUGUCACAUGUGGUCUAAGCUUGGGCGAAUACACUGCUCUGGCGUUUGCGGGAGCUUUCAGUUUCGAGGAUGGGCUUAAGCUGGUCAAGCUAAGAGGAGAAGCUAUGCAGGACGCUGCUGAUGCUGCAAAAAGUGCAAUGGUUAGUAUAAUUGGACUGGACUCCGAGAAGGUACAAAAACUGUGUGAUGCAGCUAAUGAGGAAGUUGAUGAAGCAAACAAAGUUCAGAUUGCAAAUUUCUUGUGCACUGGAAAUUAUGCAGUCUCCGGAGGUCUUAAAGGAGUGGAAGUGGUAGAAGCAAAAGCAAAAUCAUUCAAAGCUCGAAUGACGGUACGUCUAGCUGUUGCUGGUGCUUUCCAUACAAGUUUUAUGAAUCCAGCUGUCUCAAGACUAGAAGCUGCUCUAGGUGCAACAGAGAUCAGAACUCCCAGAAUACCAGUAAUAUCAAAUGUUGAUGCGCAACCACAUGCAGAUCCAGACACAAUUAAGAAAAUAUUAGCUUGCCAGGUGACUUCACCAGUUCAAUGGGAGACCACAGUGAAAACCCUCCUAACAAAAGGGCUAAAGAAGAGCUAUGAAUUAGGACCUGGAAAGGUUAUUGCCGGUAUUGUGAAGAGGAUGGACAAAGGUGCUGUGAUUGAGAACAUUGGCGCCUGAGCUUUGCAUUAAGGACAUCAUCCGUGCUUAUUCUUUGAGUCGAGCUUCAGUUGUUGAAUGUUAAUGGCAGUAUGGGCUUUCGAUAGAUAUUGAUGCGGUGAAACCGUACAUAUUCUAUGCAAGUGUUAUUGUUAAAUCAGUGUUUAUGGUUUCCCUGGUAAUUUUUCUUUCUUUCACUUAAAGUGAAUCUGGGCAGAGAAGUAAGCUCAGCAGACCAUGAGAUAGUAUUACCUUUUCCGAGUGAGAAUAGAAUAAUUAAAUUCAUUGUGCUUUGUGCUGA